AUGUCGGAGAGGUUAUCUAAUAGUAUGAAUAAUGACUUAGGUUAGGGUUAUUUAAAUGAAAGCUUUGCAAGUAUGUAAAGUGUUUAUACUUACAGCAAUUAAAAUUUAUCAUCAUUAGUUAAUAUGCCUUAAACCAAAACAUCUUAAAUGUUGGAAGGCUUUCGCAGUAUGAUAACAAGCACUAAAAUAUACAAGCAAAUAGAGGAUAAAGGUAGCAAAAUAUUUACUGGAAGAGGUAGUAUAUCAUCUGGUAGUACACCAGUAAGUGAAGAAACAUUAAACAAAAUAAAUAUUGACAUAUCGGAGUUCAACGAUUAUAAAGAAAGAAUUUAAAAUGAACUCUUUAGAUAUAUGAACCAAAAAAGAUAAGACCAAGAAAGUAUGGAUAUAUUGCAAACUAUUAAUCUCAAUGAAGUUCUUUUGAGGUGCUAUAAAAAUGUACCUUCAAUUUACUUCUAUAGUGAUUUUCACUUUGAUUUCAAAGCACAUCUUUCUAGAGAUGUUAAUUAAAUGAAUGAAACAUAAGAUUCAAUUUCGGAAUAUCUCGAAGAAGUUGAUAUCAAUUUAUUUUACUAGAUUCAAACAAGAUUCAAUCAGUUUUUAUCAAUUAUUCUUGACUUAAAUGAAAUGUAAUCCCUCAUAGAUGAUAGUUUAAAAAAGAUUUACUAUGUUCGUUAAUGCAAUCUUGUUCUUAAGCAAAAGCUUGUUCAGAAAGGUAGUUAAAUUGUUACGAUGAAAAAAAGAAUUGAUAGAUGUCAGUCUGUUCUAGCUUAUUUAUAACUAGUUUAAACUCUACAUAAAUCCCUCCCUUCAAUUACUACUCUGAUAAAUGCUGGAAAAUUUGAUUUUGCAGUCACACUUUUACACUAGAGCGAAGCAGAGUACAACAAGAAAUUUUAGAAAAUGAUCGCUUUAAACCAAUUCAGAGAUUAAAUAUUUCUUAAUAGGCAAAAACUUGAAAAGAAUAUUUCAAUGUCCUUUUAAGACAAAUCGUUAGACUAUGUAAUAUCUGAACUAAACUUUACCAAAGAACCUACCCUAUCAGUCUAACAUCAAAAAAGUGAUAUAUCUUCUGCAGAUAACUCCUUUGAUGAUAGCUAUUAUAUGAACUCAACAUUAAUGAAUGAAACAUUUGAAAAUAAUUAAUUAAAUUUAAAUCUUACAUAAAUGAUGAACGAAGCUUCCAAAAAUCCAUAACUGAAAUGGCAACACACUACAUACAGAAGGGAUAUAGAUUUAGAAGAAUAAAUUUCAAAAAUAGUUAAUUAGAGCUAUGAUUUAGAUAAAUUCAAUAACUAGGCAUAUAGGAGAAAGUUGAUAGAAAUGCUUAAAGGGUUUAAGGAUGGAUUUAUUAGUGAUAUGCAAGAUUUUUAGAAUGAGAUAAGUAAUACACCAGGCAGUAAUAAAUAAAUAUUAGGGGACAUGAAUGGAGAUAUGAAUAAGAAUGAAAAUUAGAAAAUGAUGUUUGAAAAUAUGAGCUUAGAUUUAUUUGUUAAAUUUGUUUUGUUUUACUUUGAAAUUUUAAAGAGAGUCGCUCUAAAGCAAAUUGGCCUAAAUCACACUAUUUUGAAUUCUUUAGUGACUCAUGUAAUAACAAAUUUGCUAAAAACGGGUAAAGACCUUGACGAUAACAUAAAUGCUUUUUCUAAAUUAACUAGCUGCGUGGACGACAUUUAUUAGAAUGUGAUUUAAGUUUUUAACUAUAUUAAUGGGUGGAUUGACGAUUUAAUCAAAUAGAAAAAAUUAGACAAUGAAGUUAAUUUUUUAAGUUUUAGGAAGGUGAGCAAAAUAUUUACAUUUUGGGAUGAUUUCUUAGCAAAUGAUGUGCCUAAAUACUUUUAGAUUUCUUAAACUCCUUUUGAAAAUAAUUAAAAUUGUAAAGAUUCUAAGGAAUUUCGUAAAUUUUUUAGAAAGUUUAAUGAAUAUCAUACAAAAGUACAACUAAAAUCUCUUGAAAAUGCACGUGGAGAGCUCGAAAAGAAAUUCUUAGAUUAAUUCCAUAAGAAAUAGUUGAAAGAUUUAAAAGAAAUUUUAAAUAAUGAAAAAUGGAAUCCUGUUGAUAUUAAUUUUGAAUUCUACGAUAUCAUUUCAUACAUAGUCUAGAAUCCAAAACAAGAGUCCGAAUAAGUUAGAACUGCAAAGAGUAGCUUUGAAGAAGACGAAGAGGAAAGUAAGCAUUUGCAUGAUGAAGUAGUAGAGAAUAAUUAAGACGACAGUAAUAUAAAUGAUUUAACUUCUGCACGUAUCACUAAAGAAUAAUUUAAGCGAACACUCAUUCAAAUAAAAAUUAUAAAAAACUAAAUAACUUAUAAGAAUUAAACAUAUAAACUUACUUCUGCAUUCUUGCAAAUUUUAAAGAUGAUUUAUGAAUAUUUGCAUUUAAUAGAUUACUUUAAAUCGAUGAGAGAGACCUCAUCAAAGAAGCUAAUUGAGUUAUUAAAAUUCUAUAAUUCCUAUGCUAAUGAAUUGCUUAUAGGAGGAGGAGCAUUUUAACUUGGUGUUCAAGUAUCAGCAGUUAACUUAGCUUUAAGUUCUGUGUGUUUGCAAUUUGCUUUGAAAAUAUUUCCAUAAAUGACUGAGAGAAUAAUAGGACUUUACAAAGAAGAUAGAGAUUUAGCAGAGAAUAUUGAAGAUCAAUUUUCUAGACUGAGUGAUGAAUACAACAACCAUAAUAUUAACAUAUAAAAAACAAUAUCUGAUAUUCUUAUUAAAUUAGUUACUUCUGUAAAGGAAUAAAUAGUAAAAUUGUAAUGGAAUUAAGUGAAUGAUCUCAAGAUUCCUACAGAUCCAACAAAUAACAUUCUCAAAUCCUAUAGACAAAUGUAUUCCGUGCUAUCUAAUUUUUAUGACAAAGAUUAGAUUAUAAAAAUAUAUGCAGCUCCCUUUAAUCAACUAAUUAAUACUUACCUCCCUAUAUUUAAUUCAAUCUAAAUUACCAACAGACUGGGCGCUUAAAGAGUCAAAGAAGAGCUGGACUACGCUGUAGAAAACAUCAAAAGUCAAGAUUAUAUGAAACUAAACAGUAAUAUUUAUAGUAAAUUUGAAGAAAUGGCAGAGGAUAUUAUACAUGAGAGAUGUAUUCCAUUUUUGCAAGGUAAUUAAGGAGAAAAUGAGUGA